UCCGCCCCCCAGCUGAGCCAGACCGGGGUCCUGGAACUUGCCAGCUCAGAGGUUCUAGCGGCAGCCGGCGCGCUUCUCUGGUUGCAGCUUGGGCGGCUCCGGCAGCUCCUGUGGUGGGCGGCCAGGGGCAAGCCGGGAUGGACUGCGGACGGGCGACGUGAUCAGCCCGCACACGGAACCACGCCGCCGGCCGCACUGGCUCAAGAGUCUACUAUGUGGGUGCGGGCGCACGCCGGACGCAGACCCGGCCGGAGCAUGCGGGGUGCGGCGUGGGCGGCUCGCAGGCGCGCGGGGCAGCAGUGGCCUCGGUCCCCGGGCCCUGGGCCCGGCCCGCCCCCGCUGCUGCUGCCGCCGCUGCUGCUGCUGCUGCUACUGCUGCUGGGAGGCGCGAGCGCGCAGUACUCCAGCGACCUGUGCAGCUGGAAGGGGAGUGGGCUGACCCGAGAAGCACAUAGCAAGGAGGUGGAGCAGGUGUACCUGCGCUGCUCAGCAGGCUCUGUGGAGUGGAUGUACCCAACUGGGGCGCUCAUUGUUAACCUGCGGCCCAACACCUUCUCACCUGCCAGGAACCUCACUGUGUGCAUCAAGCCUUUCAGGGACUCCUCUGGAGCUAAUAUUUAUUUGGAAAAAACUGGAGAACUGAGACUGUUGGUGCGGGAUAUCGGUGGUGAACCUGGCCAGGUGCAGUGCUUCAGCCUAGAGCAGGGUGGCCUAUUUGUAGAGGCAACACCCCAACAGGACAUCAGCAGGAGGACCACAGGCUUCCAGUAUGAGCUGAUGAGUGGGCAGAGGGGACUGGACCUGCAUGUGCUGUCUGCUCCAUGUCGGCCUUGCAGUGACACUGAGGUCCUCCUUGCCAUCUGCACCAGUGACUUUGUUGUCCGAGGCUUCAUCCAGGAUGUCACCCAUGUGCCAGAACAGCAAGCAUCAAUCAUCUACCUGCGGGUGAGCAGGCUCCAUCGGCAGAAGAGUAGGGUCUUCCAGCCAGCUCCUGAGGGCAGUGGCCACUGGCUGGGCCAUGUCACGACACUUCUGGAGUGUGGUGUACGGCCAGGGCAUGGAGAAUUCCUCUUCACUGGACAUGUGCACUUUGGGGAGGCACAACUUGGAUGUGCCCCACGCUUUAGUGACUUUCAGAGGAUGUACAAGAAUGCCGAGGAGAGGGGCAUAAACCCCUGUGAGGUCAAUAUGGAGUGACUUGCAGGGUGACAUGGUACUACUCUUCAAAUGAGCCAUGGUUUGUGUCCUCAGUUGCUCUAUCAAAUCCUGAUAAAGGCUGCAAGGUGGUGGCAUGGGCCCAGCCUGGUGCUCAAACUGGAAAGGUACAUGCUGCUCUGACCCAUUAGGUCUCAGCCAAGGAUGCCCUGACCCAUUGGAAAUUCUGUAAAAUUCAAACUAAGUUAUUAUAUUUUUUGUAAAAAAAAAAAAAAAAAGAAAUGUCCAUAGGAAACAAAUUCUUGUGUCUGGAGAUGCCUUUGGUGUGCCAUUUAAUAGUGUUUUUACAAAGUUAACUUUAGCCAUUGCAUUUGGUCUGAUGUAUUAUUGGUGGGAGCUAGGUUGUGGUACACAGUGAUGGCUAUGGGCUUCCAUGGUUACCACUCAACCUUGUUAUCCUUGUGAUAGAAAUGCAUGGAGCAAAUACUUUAUUUUCCAUUCAUUUUGUUUCUGAUUUUUAAAGACCAUCUCUGCAGCUGGCAACCUUCCCAGACUGUAGGCUGCUUCCAUUCUAGAGAAUAAAGAUCAGGAUCUGAGCACACUGUUACUAUCCAUCUUAACCCAUCAGAUGGGUACCUGACUGAACCUUCUCUACUCAGCUGUGGCACUGCUGUCCCUCGACCUCUUGUUCACAGGACAGUCUGUAUGGUGCUGCCUAGCUUUAGGUACAUGCCCCUUUCCUGCUCCUCCCAGGCCACUGCUGCCUUCUGCAUCUGUCGACACAUUUUCCACUGAGCCAGUUCUUGUCUAAAUCUUUGGAUACCAAGGGACUCACCUACUUACUGGCCUCAUUUCUUCAGAGGGUAUGAGUUUUUCUGUGGUAAAAAAUCUCCAAAAAUUGAGGCUUAAACAGCAGGCUUUAAUUUAGACAGUUCUGGAAGCCAGAAUGGGUAUGAGCAGAACCACAUUUCUGCUGGAGAUUCCAGGAGGGACAUUUUAGCUUCUGGUGACUAUAGGAGUCCUUAGCCUGUGACUCUUUACUCUGGUGUUGCUUUCCUUGACAUGUGACUUCUGCUGUGUCAAAUUUCUGUCUUAGGAGGACACAGGUCAUUGAUUUAAGGCCCACCCUGGUGACCUCAUCUUUGCAUGAUUAUGACUCCAUUUCUAACUAGGUCACAGUCAAAGGCUACAAUAAAUAUCAAAUCUGGA